CUCUAAUUCAGAAAAUGUAAUAAAUGAGAAAAUUAAAUAUUUACCAAAGAUUAAAGCAAGUGUACUGUCUAAUCCAACUCAUGAUUAUGCUUAUUUUCAUAAUAAAACAUUGGAUCAAUAUCCUAAUUUAUAUCAAGAAGUCUUCUAA